UCAACACCAACCCCAACGCCGCACCCACACAGCCCAUGCUGCCCCUGCGACCCCCGCGAUAACACGGCGACACCUCCACGACAGCGCGACACACCACACACGACGGCCCACGAUGGAGUUCCUCCCGACGCUCCAGGCUGGCGUCGACGACCUCAAGCCGUCCCUCUUCGAGCUCCUCUCCGAGCAGCAGCUGGCCGCCCUCCUCCCGCCGUCGCUGCGCUAUCUGCUCGCCGUGGCCACCCCGCGCUACCCGCGCUACCUUCUACCCGUCCUCAACUCGUUCGAUGAGGUGUACGCGGUAAUCAUGCUGCUCGUCGAGCGCCACUUCCUGCGCACCUACGGCGGCAGCUUUACCGAGAACUUCUAUGGCAUGAAGCGCGCCCGGGUCUUGAGGGUCCGCGGCGGCGAGGUCCCGCGCGCACAGCUCGGCGCCCCGGACAGCGUUCGCGAGGCCAGCCGCCUGCACUCGGGCGACGUGUGGGGCAAUCUCGCCGUGCUGGUCGGCCUGCCGUGGCUCAAGCGCAAGCUGGACGAGUCCUACGAUGUGCACGCCGCCCACAGCAACCUGCUCGGCGCCGGGUACAGCCGCGAAAGAGACGGCCUGCCACCGGGUGCGGGCGUGCGUCAGCGAUUGAUGUUCUGGUACAUGUGGUUCCUGCGAAACAUCUACCCCAGCGUCAACGCCGCGUACUACUUUGCCCUGUUGGCCUUCAACAUGGCCUAUCUCUUCGACAGCACAAAGUACCACUCGCCCUUCCUGUGGCUGAUUGGGACCCGCAUCCGCCGUCUGGGCCCCGCAGACCACGCCGCCAUCGAGGCCCUGACCGCGCCCAAGCCUGUCGGCCCCGCGCGCCCCGGCGAGGGUGGCAGCAUCUUCAGCCCGCGCAAUCUCGCCCGCAGUGUGCAGCCGCGCCUCCUCAGCAGCCUGAAGAUCCUGCUGCCGACCUCCAUCUUCGCCCUGAAGUUUCUCGAGUGGUGGCACGCGUCCGACUUCGCGCGCCAGCUGUCGCGCAAGGCGGCCGAGAACAUCGAGCUGCCGCCGCCGAUCCUGCCCUCGCUGCCUCCGUCCUCGCACGCGCUUUCAAAACCGCAGUCCAAGUCCCAGCAAGACACAAUGCCACAGUCGGAAAAGCAAGCGUCUGCGUCUGCGCCCGCCAACCCGCCCAUCGCCGCUUCCUCCCUCCUCCCCAUCCUUACUGUUCCACUCCCCCAGGACUCUACUCUCUGCCCUAUCUGCACCGCUCCCGUUGCGACACCUACCGCCAGCCCAUCCGGCUUCGUGUACUGCUACACGUGCAUCCACCGGUGGGUGCGCGGCGAGCACGAGCGGCAGACAGCCUUCAUGGAGGGCGCUGCGGGAUUUGCGCGCGAGGGCGAGGACGAGGACGGCGAGUGGGGGAGAGAAGAGGGGAGUCGCGAGGGACGGUGGGAGAGUGGAGAGGGGCGGGACGCGGUGACGGGCAGGAGAGUGCUGGGUGGGACUGAGGGGUUGAGGAGGGUCGUCGUAUAACGAAUGCCACUGACGUGCUCACGAGACAAACGAUACGGGAUGGCGAGACAAAAGACGGCACAACACGACACCACACGACACCACACGAUACAACACGAUACAAUACGAGCAGCCAAAAGGACCAACUUUUGACGCCUACAAACACCCUACACCCCACACGCCCCCCGCCCCCUCUCCCUAUCCCCCACAACCUCAACAAACCCCCUCCCCUCCAACCACCGCAUCUUCCGCCUCGCCCUCCACCCCGCCAACCCCCCAAACCCCACGCCCCAC